AUCUUCGUUAUCGUCAACUUCUUUCUGAUCUCUCGUUAGUUCGCGCGCGUUUGGAGUCGCUAGUGAAGUGUUGUUGCGUCCAUCGUAACUGUUGAAAGAUCUCAAAAAUAUAAACAAACUCGUGUGUCAGACAAGAUUUUAUGAGCGUUCACAAACGCCGGUGAAUGAAUAAUUUUGGUCCUCAGAUGCACAGCUCUCCUUUACGCACCUUCGCGAACGUCGCAGAUUCCCACAGACUGAUUUUCCUCCUCCUCUGCUCCAAGUUGCAGCGAGACUAACCUCAAAAAUGGCAUUACGCACGUACGGUGACAAACCCAUAAGUUUCCAAGUGGAGGAGAAUGGGGAGUACUAUUGCAUCGGAUCGGAGGUCGGGAAUUACCUGCGUCUGUUUCGCGGCUCUCUUUACAAACGGUAUCCUGGCAUGUUCAGGAGAUCCAUAACCAAUGAUGAACGCAAGAAGCUCGUGGAACUCGGAUUGAGUCAGCAUGUGCUCGCAUCCAGCGUUUCACUCUUGAGAGCUAGCGAAGUGGAGGAUAUCAUCGAGGGCAAUGAUGACAAAUACAAAGCUGUGUCUGUACACUCGACCGAGCCACCAGCACCUAGGGAAGGCAAAACCAAAAAGUCUAUGGCCUGGGUACCUAGUCUGCCAAAUAGUUCACACCUGGAUGCAGUUCCUCAAGCUACACCAAUAAAUCGCAAUAGAGUACACAAUAAGAAAGUUAGAACCUUCCCAUUAUGUUUCGAUGACACAGAUCCAUCAGCAAACUUAGAAAAUGCCGCGCAACAAGAGAUGCUUGUCCCGAUACGUUUAGAUAUGGAAAUUGAAGGCCAGAAAUUGAGGGAUACCUUCACGUGGAAUAAAAAUGAGAGUCUCAUAACGCCUGAACAAUUUGCCGAAGUAUUGUGUGACGAUUUAGACUUAAAUCCAUUAACGUUCGUUCCUGCGAUCGCACAGGCGAUAAGGCAGCAAAUAGAAGCAUUCCCUCAGGAAACAAUACUGGAGGAUCAGUGCGAUCAACGGGUAAUAAUCAAGUUAAACAUACACGUGGGUAACACGUCGUUAGUGGACCAAGUGGAAUGGGACAUGUCCGAGAAAGAGAACAAUCCGGAGAAGUUCGCGAUGAAGCUCUGCGCGGAACUCGGCCUCGGCGGAGAAUUCGUCACUGCCAUCGCUUAUAGCGUACGUGGACAAUUGUCGUGGCAUCAGAGAACAUAUGCGUUUUCUGAGGCGCCGCUACCCACAGUAGAAGUUCCCUUCAGACCUCCGUCGGAGGCGGAUCAAUGGGCACCGUUCCUGGAAACGUUGACGGACGCGGAAAUGGAGAAGAAGAUACGCGAUCAAGAUCGAAAUACCCGACGCAUGCGACGUUUAGCGAACACAACUCCUGGCUGGUAGAUAAAAUCAGGCAACAGUUCGAUAUGUAAAACUAGAAGAGUAACUCUAUGUACGAUCCAAUGUGUUUUUCAAUCGAUGACAUCUUUUAAUUUUUAGUAUAUAUAUGUUCUAUGAUAUAAGAUUUAUAUAUAUAUAUAUAUAUAUAACUAACAAAAAGAGAGAGAGAGAGAGAGAGAAGAAAAAGAAGAAGAAAGAAAGAAAGAAACACUUUUUUACUUCGAUACAUCUUUGAUUAUAGGAUAUGAAAUAUAGGAAACCAAGUAUUUUUAAAAAUAAUAGUUACAUGGCUACAUUCAAAGGAAAAAUUUAAUCCUGCUGUUCUGCUCGGAUUUAUUUGACCCGAAAUCAUUUUUAUUUCUCUAUUAGAUUUUUAUAUGAUUUGAGUGAACGUUUUGGCAUUUCACGGUUUUAUCUCAUAAUUAAAGAACAUUAAAUUGAAACUAAGCUAUGAAACAAAGUCAUGAGAUACCAGAACGUUCACUCACCAUGUGAAGAUGUGACAGGGAAAUAAAAAUGAUUUCAGAUCAAAUAGACCCGAAUAGAACAGCAAAGUUAAUUACGUUAUGAUCGAUUACUGUUCAUGUUUAUCGUACACGGGUUAUCGCGAAUUCAACGAGCGACUUUACACUUGUAAUCUUUAAUUUACAAUAUAUUUUUUCUUUUAUGUUCACAGUUCAGUUCGUUUUUUCGGGAUUCGGCCGUGUUCAGCAUUAUAUAAAGUAAGAGCCAACUUUUUACGUUAUCGAUCAGUAAAUACUUGGUGUUUCCUAUCUCGUGUGUGUGUGUGUGUGUGUGUGUGUGUGUGUGUGUGUGUGUGUGUG